AAUAGACUUAAGUAAAUCACACGGAUGGAAAAAACAUGAUCAAGUCCUAUUUUUGUAAACUUGCAUUGAUUUAGUCUUAGAAAGAGCAUUUUUUUUUUAUUUUUGCUUUCAGUUUCAUUUUCUAAUGUGCCAAAAAAGACACCAUAACUAACUAAUAUAAUGUACAUAACAGAAUUCUAUGCGUACUUUUCUUGAUUUCUUCGUAUGAUUGAUAUGGUUGUCCAAUCCUAGUACUCCGGCCGUAAUUUGAUGAAACAAGUCUUUCAAACUAGUAUUUGUUCUUGUCCAAAAAGCGGAGCGGUUCAUAUCUAGGCUUUCCUAGAUUACGAAAGGUGGUUCGGCGGCUUCUUUGUCUGGCAAUUGGAAUAGUCGAGGAUUGCAGGUGGUCACGUUGGUUCGGCGAAGCGAGCAAGGGCUAGCCAAACAGUCUUCCGGCGAGAAGAAAGGUGUGACUACUGUGUGAGGACGUUUACCUGGGUCAGCGGUGCCUUCGACGAGAAGAAGGUAGGGAGGAAGACACAGGGAUGGAGUUUUAACAGCGUCCUUCAAACGUUGGUUCGAACGGGACGAUGGAGGCGUAUGGUCGAAUGAAUCGCGAGAUUGAGCAUCGAGAGAUUGAGAAAUUGACUAACGCGUAUGGUCGAAUGGAGAUGGAGGAAGAGGACGAAUUCUACUGGUGGAGGCCACGGCCGGCUCGAGAUACUACAAAUGUGGGUUUUUCUGGGAUACGGUGGCUAAUGUUUGGAAACGUGUAUGAGGUGUCACUAUUACGGAAGUAGGGACUAGAAGAUAUAUGUUUCAAUUUUACAACGAAAAUGAUAUGUUUAGGGUGUUGGAGGAAGGACCAUGGACUUUUGAUCAAAAUCUGAUUGUCUUGUGUGAACAAGGGAAAGGGGAUCUACCUUUGAUGGCGCCGUUAAAUAGGGCUGAUUUCUGGAUACAGGUUCAUGAUGCGGUAGGAUAUUUUUCUAUGAAGAAUGCGGUAAAGAUAAUAAGUAAUUUUGUGGGGAAUUUUAUUAAAGUAGAUGAAUACAAUUUUUCUGCUAAAUGGAACCCGUUUAUAAGAAUAAUAGUCAGUAUUGAUUUGAGCAUGCCUUUGAAAAGAAAAUUAUUCUUGCAAACUGGGGAAUUUUAUUAAAGUAGAUGAAUAUAACUUUUCUGCUAAAUGGAACUUGUUUAUGAGAAUAAUAGUAUUGAUUUGAGCAUGCCUUUGAAAAGGAAACUAUUCUUGCAAACUGAUGAAGGGGUUAAUUUUUGUGUCGGUUUCUGCUAUGAAAAAAUGCCUAUCUUUUGUUUUGCAUGUGAGAUUAUUGGACAUGCCGAAAGGUAUUGUCCUCGCUAUCGUGCAGGUGGUGGGAUGAGUGGAGGACUUCCUUUUGGGAAAGUGCUUAGGGCUACAAAACGAAGAGCAUAGGUAGGAGGAAAUAAGUGGUUAGUUCCAGUUGGAAAAUGAAUGAAUCAGGAUGAUGAAGGCAGAGUCAUUACGUCAGACGUGGAGGACCACAACGGACCGAUGAGGGGACAAGAUCAAAACAUUGUAGGAGAUAAGAUCAAGCAGAAACGGAGGAUUGAUCAAGGGGAGGAAGAACCAGUGAAAAAUGAUAUGGAGGUGAAGUUGAAGGCAAAAAAAAAAAUGGGAAGGAGGCGAGCUGCAGUGAUGCAAUUCGCCUAUCACGCAGCUGAAGAUCGGGCAGGAAGGCCAGGAGAUGAUGGAAGUGAGAGAGACCCAUCAGUAGAAAUUUAUUAUUUACUUAUGCUAUUUUCAAUUUAGACUGAUUUCUGAUAUUUGGUUUGUUUUAUUUUAGUAGAUAGAUUUCUGAUGGGAGGCAAUCAGGCUGACUCAGCCGCUAAUAGUCUCGAAGUUCUCACAUAUUCAUCAAUUAGUCUCGCUCUGGUUGGGGUGGACUAAUCUAUAUCUGAUCAGGGAGUGAGGGGAGCGUUCUGCUUUCGUUUAUUUUCUUUAUAUGAAUAUAACCCCCCCUCCCCCCGAAAAAAACUAACUAACUAAUGUACAUUCUUU